UUUUCCUUCCUUUCCACUAUUAAUAAGUUAGUGCUGUCCGAGUGAUAAGGCAAAAAACUCUGGCGUGAAGACUCUAUUCUACUACUCAAAUUAGAAAUUACCAAUCGUUGAUUUAUUCUUCAACUCUCAAGUUAAGGCCUAAUAAAGCCUAAUUUUUAGGGGAAACCUAUCUUAGACUACCAAAAAUAGGAAGGGAGAAGUCUGAAAUUGUCAAACUUCACCACAAAACUUGCUUGAUUAAGGAGAGUGAUAACAUCAUGAUAAUUACACCACAAAGAAAGGCAAAUCUAAGCUUUGAGGGAACUUUGAAGAGGGGGGAAAAUACAGAUAGGGAGAUUAAGAAAAAGAGUGUUAGAGAUUGGUAAUUAGUGAUUGUUUAGUUAAGGUAAUGUCAGGAAUAAUGCAGGUAGAAGGAGGAGCCAACAGAGUUCAACAGCACAAGCAACAGGCAGCUGCUAAUCAUCAGUUCCCUGUUCCCCUUGUUUCCAGAUUGGAUCACCUGGAUUCCCUAAUGAAGUACUUGGAAGGGAAACAAAACUCCCAAAAGGGGUUGGGUGGCGGAGGAGGAGGAGGAGGAGGAGGAGAGGCAGCUAAGCAGCAAACUGCGGCAUUGCUGGAAGUGGCAAUGAGGGAGGCUUACUUCAAAGGCUCUCUGAUGGAUCGUGUCGCUUCUCUCGAACACCGUCUCUUUCAGUUGUGCCUAGAGAUGGAGUCAACCAACACCUCCACUAGUUCAUCACAAACAUCAGGAGGCGGCUGCACCUCCGCCUCCUCUACCACCACCACCACCGCGACAGGGUCGAGAAGCCAGACGCCAUCCUCGUCUUUCCCAACAUUCAGUCUUUCCAAUCCGCGCCACCCUCUUCUUCAUCACCACCUUGCUAGAUCUCACCUUCAGCAGGUAGAGGAGGAGAGGGAGGAAGAAGGAGAGACAAAGGGCAAGGACUCAAAGAAAGGCAGCAGUAGCAGCAGCAACAGUAAAACCAGAAAGGAAGAGAAGAAGAACUGCAGAUCAAAUGGGAACACUAACAGCAGCAACAAGAAGCAGAUCAAAUGGCCACAGAUCAGACCUCUUAAGCUUUUAGGAUGCUAAGAAUCAAGUUUCCCUCCAACCAGUUCAUCUUGUUUUCUUGUUUCAACAUGUAUGCAAUCGUAAUUGAGAUCGAAGCAGUGACACUAGCGAUUCAGGAUUUGAACAGGAUUGUCCAAAUCAUGGUUGAAUCUGUAGAACAAUCGCUACAGUUUCACAAACACUAUUACUUUCACCUCGACCCCUGUAAUCUCACUUCUAUGAACUCUUUAAGUCUUUCUUAUUCAUGGUUUUUCCUCUUUACCUUGUUCUGCUUCUCUUCCUCUUUCAGGUAGUUCAUGUUGUAUUUAGAAUGCAUACUAAAUUUGACAGAGCUUGUUAAUGCAUCUUCUAGAUAGACCUGCUGACAAACAGGUCGCGAUUCGAAUGAUGUUGGUGUAGACUGGGAAAUUUAGUUAGAGCUGCAUAACCAUCACAGACCAUCAUAAAUAGAUUGCUUACAAUUAGAACUUGUGCUGGCUCUCUCCAAUCUUAAUACUAGUAAACCACAAAGUUUCAUGGAUAAGGUAAGUUCAUCAGGAAUUUCAGGUUCAAUGUAAAUCUGCAACAUAAAACUGUCAUCAGAAUCUUCAAUUCUAUAAACCAUACAACACAGUUAUCCGUGCAUUCGUCUCAGAGUGAGUGGAAACUUCUCAAGCCUUUCUGCCUGCCAAGAAUGCUGACAUUUUCUCCAUAAGUGGACUCCAGGCCAAAAUGGAUUCAUACGAGAUUGGCAGAUCGUUGACAACGUACUAAUUAGUCAUGAGGUAACUCAGUUUUUAAAAUAUCAUAGAAGUGGACAACGCUUCUACAUGCCUCUUAAAUUGGAUAUGGAAAAGGCCUAUGACCGAAUCAAAUGGGACUUUCUUCUAGAAAUGAUGAAGAGAUUAGGGUUUGAUGAGCGGUUCACUUACUGGAUUCGACAAUACAUAUCUUCCGUUUCUUUUUCUGUCUUAAUUAAUGGAACACCUCAUGGUUACUUUCUACCCUCAAGGGGAAUACGUCAGGGUGAUACUUUAUCCCCUUUAUUGUUUGCUAUUUGUUCGGAAGGCUUCUCAGUCUUAAUCAACCAGGCAAUAAUAGUUAGAUUCCUAAGUGGUAUUCGAAUUAGAGAACCUUGUCCUACGAUUUCUCAUCUUUUCUUUGUGGAUGACUCCUUCUUAUUUCUACAAGCGACCCUAGAAUCGUGUCAGAUUCUUAUAUCGCUUUUAAAUGUUUAUGAAGGCUUGAGCGGCCAAAAGGUUAACCUCCAUAAAUCAGCAAUCCUUUUCAGUAAGAAUAUCCAAGAGCGAGCAAUAUUAGAUAUGGCUGGAUUCUGGGAGUAGGCUCAAUUGGCACAGAGGAUCGCUAUUUAGGGUUACCAACUCUGAUCGCUAGAUCCAAAAGUGACACAUUCCAGUUAGUUGAAGCACAAAUCUCAAAAAGGCUUGCAGGAUGGAAAAAUCGUACUUUAUCCAAAGCGGCCAUUGACACUCUGAUAAGAUCAGUUCUUUCUUGCAUGCCUCUGUAUUAUAUGUCAUGUUUCAAAUUUACUAUCGACUUAUGCAAAAGACUUAAUAGACUUUUAGCCAAGUUUUUGUGGGGAGCUUUGAGGCAUUCGAGUCAGCGAGUUGCGCAUUGGAUUGCUUGGAAGGAUAUUUGUCAAAGCAAACAGCGAGGAGGCCUUGCAUAUAGAGACUUUAGGAUCUUCAAUCAAGCUCUAUUAGCAAAGCAAUGUUGGAGAAUGUGAAAAAAACUGAUUCCCUCGUUGCACAAAUUUACAAAGGUCGUUACUAUGCCCAAACUACAAUUUUAGAGGCCAGGUUGGGAUCUGAUAGGGCAAAAGCGUAUGCUUAAAUUCCUAUCUUGUAGUAAACCGGAAAGUCCAGG